AUGGCGGAGCUGCAAAUGCUGCUGGAGGAGGAGAUCCCGGGGGGGCGCCGGGCCCUGUUCGACAGCUACACGAACCUGGAGCGGGUGGCCGAGUACUGCGAGACCAACUACAUCCAGUCAGCAGAUAAGCAGCGAGCCCUAGAAGAAACCAAAGCCUACACAACCCAGUCAUUAGCAAGCGUAGCCUAUCUGAUCAACACUUUGGCAAACAAUGUUCUCCAAAUGCUGGAUAUCCAGGCAUCUCAACUUCGACGCAUGGAAUCUUCAAUCAACCAUAUUUCACAAACGGUGGACAUUCACAAAGAGAAAGUUGCUAGAAGAGAAAUUGGUAUCUUGACUACAAACAAAAACACCUCAAGAACUCACAAAAUCAUUGCACCAGCUAACUUGGAGCGACCAGUUCGCUACAUCAGGAAACCAAUUGAUUAUACAAUUCUAGAUGAUAUUGGACAUGGAGUGAAGUGGUUGCUUAGAUUUAAGGUCAGCACACAGAAUAUGAAGAUGGGUGGGUUGCCACGUACAACACCACCCACCCAGAAGCCACCAAGUCCACCGAUGUCAGGAAAAGGAACUAUUGGGCGUCACUCUCCUUAUCGUACGUUGGAGCCAGUACGUCCCCCAGUGGUACCAAAUGACUACGUGCCUAGCCCAACGCGCAAUAUGGCUCCCUCACAGCAGAGCCCUGUUAGAACGGCUUCUGUGAACCAGAGGAAUCGCACAUACAGCAGCAGUGGGAGUAGUGGAGGAAGCCACCCAAGUAGUCGGAGCAGUAGUCGUGAAAACAGUGGAAGUGGCAGUGUGGGUGUUCCUAUUGCUGUUCCCACGCCAUCUCCUCCCAGUGUCUAUCCAGCCCCUGCUGGCUCGGCUGGCACUUCUCCCCUUCCUUCUACCUCUGCUCCUGCCCCCACCCCUCCUGCUCCAGCCCCUUCCUCCUCUACCCCAGAUGCUGCUGCUGCUGCUGCAGGAGCCCAGCCCCUUGCUGAUGGCUUCACCUCUCCAACUCCCCCUGCUGUUUCUUCCACGGCCUCUACAGGCCACCCAGUUCAGUUCUACAGUAUGAACAGGCCUGCGUCUCGACAUACACCACCAACAAUAGGGGGCUCUUUGCCAUAUCGGCGUCCUCCUUCGAUCACGUCACAGACGAGCCUUCAGAACCAGAUAAACGGAGGACCUUUUUAUAACCAGAACCCAGCAUCCCUUGCUCCUCCUCCCCCCUCCAUCCUACAGGUAACUCCGCAGUUACCGCUAAUGGGAUUUGUGGCCAGAGUUCAAGAAAACAUUUCAGAUACUCCUCCCCCGCCCCCACCUGUGGAUGAGCCAGUGUUUGAUGAGUCCCCGCCGCCACCCCCACCUCCAGAGGACUAUGAGGAGGAAGAGGCAGCAGUGGUGGAGUACAGUGAUCCAUAUGCAGAGGAGGACCCUCCCUGGGCACCGCGUACCUACUUGGAAAAGGUGGUAGCCAUCUACGACUACACAAAGGACAAAGAAGAUGAGCUCUCAUUUCAGGAAGGUGCCAUCAUUUAUGUCAUUAAGAAGAAUGAUGAUGGUUGGUACGAAGGGGUCAUGAAUGGAGUGACGGGGCUCUUCCCAGGGAACUAUGUGGAGUCCAUCAUGCAUUACUCAGAGUGAAGACUAGAGGACAGAGCGCUGCAUCUCCUGCUGCAGGAGCUGUCAGGGCUUCCUCAUCUCCACCAGCCUCUGGGGCCCCAUCCAAAAUAGCAGAAUGAAGGAUAAUUGUAACAACCACUCUUUUUUUUUUUCUUUUUUUUUUUCCCUCAUUAUAAAACAGUAGUGUUUUGAGUUGUUUGAACAAAUGGCUCUUCCAGUUGCCAGCAGAGGCUAUCAUGAGCAAUCUGAUGCUGAAGUAAGCUGACCCAUUCAGAUCUAACAAACUCAUUGAGUAGAUGUUAUUUCCUUCACUCCCAUUCUGACUUCUUGACAGGCUCCGGGAUCUCUCUCAGGAAUCCUGUGCACUGUGGUGGCACUACAUUUGGCAGCAGUGCCUGGCACUGGGGACGUCCUGGAUGCUUGUGGUGAAGGGUUGCUGGCUGGUGGAUGUCCCUCCUGUUUCUACACUACACUCCUGUGCAGCUGGAAAAAUGCUUGUGUGUUAGCAAACACAGGGAUUUGUAUGCAAAGUUGUUCAUGUAUCUGACUUCCUUACAGUUGGUUGCAUCUUUAGCAAAAACACGUCUGCAACUGCUCUGCUUUUAUAGGCUGACACAGGCACGCAGAGCUGGCUUUGGUUCACUCACCCUUUAGUUUAGACAAUUAUGAUGGCUGCAGCCCAGAGGACCCUCGCACCCAUUUCCCCAUCUUUUGAAUGCAACAGGUUUGGUUUUGGUUAUGCACUGAUGUUAAUGUGCUGCUCCACACCGAGCUACAUGCCAUGGGUGGGUUGUCCAGAACUCACAGAUGCCAUUGACAGUGAAAGUGAAGUGAAGUUUACAGGUCCUCCUGGGGUCCAAGGAUAAACUCUAGGGGCUGUGAUCUAAGGUUCAGAUCUACUCACACCUGCUUGCACUAGAGAAACAUACUCCCAACUUUAGUCUUAUGCACAAUAUAAUCUCUUAAAAAUCCAAUCAGGUAUUGUAAAUUGGCUUUUUUGUACUUGAUGACUAGAUGACUAGAUGCAUAUGUACUGUGAGAGCCCUGUGCGGAGGCAGGACAAACGGCAGUUGUCGUCUUCGUGUCUAUUGCCAAAAUCUCUUCAGUGGAAGUAAAAAGGGCUGUUGUUGUGUACUGGUUUCCCAUGGAAAUCCAAGCAGUAACUAGUAGUAGUCCUAGCUCUUCUCCCAGUCCUCUCCAUUGCUUAUUAUGAAGAAAUAGGUAUUUUAACUGUACUUGUGGAUCCAGGGUGGAGUAAGAACAAGUGGAGGCCCUGGGCUGAUAGUUGUUCUUUUUUUUUUAAGUCUCCGUUAAAAAUGCUGCUCGGUGAUUGUCAGUGUAAAAUGAUGGCUAUGCUAGUCUGCCCUCAGGAAGGACUAAAUACUGCCUUUGGUUGAACAUCAUGCAUUAUCAGGACAAACUGAUUAAACCUCCUGUUGUAGUCUUGCUGCUCCACAAAUGGAGCUGACCUCUGUACUGCCACAGCCUCCUGGGCUGGGGACACAGUCCUGGACAACGUCUGACUGACAUCUGACCGGGUUCCAGCCAAUACUAACUGUCAAAGGCAAGAUAGUGCUGCAGCUUUCUUCUGAAGCCUGUGUGAAAAACAGCAGUACAGAGAGUGCUGCCAGUGCUGCAUUUGUAAUGAUAAUUGGCAGUGGGGCUGGGUACUUGACACAAGCCUCCUGCCCCUCCUUGGUAAGCAGUGCAGUGCCAGGUUGGAGGCACAUGUUUGCUACAGACUUGGCUCAGGGAGAAGCUGUAGCUGCUCAAGGGGAAAGAAACAGACAGUAGGUGUGCUUCUAGGAGGUGGGUGAAUUUGAUCACCUGCUGUGAGCUUGCAGAAAGAAGAGUGUUAAUCCUGUGACAGUGAGUAAGGAACUACUAGCUUAGUGGAAGCCUACAAGAAGUAUGGAUUUGAAGGAACCUGUGCAAACAUAGAAGUUACUUUCUCCCCUGCUCAGUCCAUAGCUGUGUAGCCAAAACACUAUUCUUUUCUUUCAGGAAGUCGGCAGCAUUACUAUUUGGAAUAGAUGUUAGCCAGAAGAGAUGCUUUUCUACUUUCACUUUGCAAAAGCUUCUGUCUUACAGCAAGAUCAGCAGAAGCAGCCACGUUCAGUUCCUUCAGCCCAUCAUUUCUCUAGGAGCACACCUACAAACACUGGUUGUGCUGUAGCUGGAAUGUCUGUUUCCAGAGUCACGGGAUGUGCCUACACUUUUUGCACAGAUCAGUGGUUCUUGCAGGCUGGCUAGAGGCUGGGGUGACUGCACUGCAGCAGUACCCCACAGUCACCCCCUAAGCACCAAACAAUUGUGUUUUCCAGGACUGCCAAAGCUUCCCUGGCUUCUUCAGUCCUGGGUGUGUUUUUGGUGAUGACAGCACACAGUGCUCAAAUGUACUGAGUUACGGCAGCUUAAUGAGUUACUAAAUGACAGCUAAUAUUCUCUUCUUGUGCACCCACAUUCCAGCUAGGAGGCAAUGAAUUAGUGAAAUGUGUCUUUAACUCAGUCUGUCAAGAGCAUGCACUUGAACACUUCUGACUGACAGGUAGUGACUGUGUGUACUUGCAUAGUGUGUAAUACAUUCACCUGGUUGUGUAAGUUUCAUGUGUUGAGAGCUGCCAGAGCAGAGCAGUGUGAACUCCAGAAAGUGCUGCAUACUUGUUGGAGCUCAGGACAGAAGAUGAAGCUGCAAGGCCUUGAAGGUGAAAUGUGGGAAGCUCCCUGGAAGGCUAGCUUUGAGAGGUUAGUUUGGUCUCUGUUGAUAGCAUUUAGUUUUUUGUCCUCUAAGAGCUGCUUUGGAUGGAAUUUCCAGGUCACCUCCUGCUGGUUUUAUGCUUUAUUAUGCAGUACUAAUGCAAAGAAAAGAGUUUUAUGCAUACUUUUUAUUUUGUACAGAUCUUAAUUCUCUAGUUUGUUUGGGGAUGAUGUGAUGUUAUGUUCAAUAGACCAGGCCAAGGUAAACAAGCUUUUUGUAUUAAUGUUGCAUAGACUGCAUGCUAGCAAAGUCAGUGAGGGUUGUGUUUUUAAUUUUGUCCCUUGUACAUCUCCUUCUUAGAAACCUCCCUUCCCCACUUUCUUUUACAUUUCCUUCUAAAAGGGGGUUUAAGGAAGUAGAGAAAAAAACCAACACCCUUGUAGAUGCAAACUUCUCUUCAUUGAGUUCUACCACACCUGGAGAUGUUCAGCAUCAGCUGUCUGUCAGAGCAGAGGGUAUGUAUGUGAGAGAGCUGGGGGAAGACGACACUACAGAAUAGCCCAGAGUGCAACAUGGCCAAAAGAAACGUUUCUCCCUUCUUGAGAGCUGCAGUCCCCAGAGCCAGCUGCUUUCGUUGUGCUUAAACAGGCAGGAGCUGCAGCUUCUGCUUUGCUCUAGCAGAGAUUUUCUUCCUUGCUCUCAGCCCUCUUGGGACAAAUCUAUUAACUAGAGCUGCCCCUCUGACAUGUGCCCGUGUGGAGAGAACGUCACAGACUGUUCCCAGAUAGUGCUGAAGCAGGCUAUUUUGAUGUCUUUGUUCGGCAUCAAGGUGGCUAAGGUUGCAUGUAUCUCACCCAUUGAUCUUGAUCUUUUUCUUCUUUCUCCUUGUGCUUAUCAUCUUUGUUUCUUCUUUCCUUUUUCUUUGUUGCCACUGAGGGGUGAGAGAGGCAGGAAAAGCAAGCAGCCUAUUUUAUGCUUGACAUCCCUACGGUGCUUCCAUGCCAGCUAGCUGGAGCAGGCACUAUGGAGAACGUAAACGCUGAAGAGCCAUUGCUCCCAGUGGAGGACAAGAGGUGGAGCAUGGCCCUGGGACUCAGCCCGUCUUUGUGGUAUGCGCUAACAAGGAAGCAGCUGAGCUGGGGGUUCCUUGAAAUGGCUGGAGAUUGCUGCUGGUUUGCACCACAGCUCCUGCACAGUCCCUGUGGGCUCUGGCAGGAUGGCUUAUCUGAGAACUAGUGAGCACAGCGGUUUGUUCACUUUUCACACCUCCUGAGAAUUUUCUUUGCUGCCAAGGGCUCUCCCGGUGCAGUGCUUCUGUGACUAAGAGGAUGUGCACGUCUUCUGCUUGCACCAGCACACUGGUCUUGUCGAGGUAGCCCUACCUCACUGUUUGCAAGUGACUUCAGCACUUUUGUGACAGCCUAGAACCAAAGCUGACAUUGGCACAACAUAGCUUCUGCAAAGUGGCACUUUUAUUUAGGAUGCUUUAGAUGAGCUUGAGAAGAGAAGUGGUAGCAGGACUGAUGGUCCUUUUCUGGCAGAGGGUGUGCUGCCUGCUGUUCACUUGUGAUGGAGGAGGGUUGUGCUGGCAGCCUGCUGUGCUUCUGUGGUGUCUUGCGCCUGUGCCAGAAGGCAGGUUAUUGCUGUGCUUUUCCCAACAGCUUCCACCAGUUCCUAGCAAAUGCUGCAGAUGCCCCUCUUCCCUAGAAAUGAGCUUCAGCUGUAAAUCAAAUGCAAAACUUUUACCUUUUCCUUCUGGCAAGGACAGGACUUUUUGUUGGUUGGUACCCAGCAGCAUCAUCAGCACAACUUUUUUGGAAGCUGCUAGAGGUUGCUGUUGGAAAGAGUGUAGUGCUGUGGCUUCAGCUGGGUUUGCUGAGUGUGGAGGACUGCAGUAUUUAAUGAAAUGUUGCAAAACCCAUGCAGAGGCUUUAGUUCCUAUGUUGACAACAGUGGCAGUGGGAAACAUGCAGAACUGUUGCAUUCACAAAGGCAAAUACUUCAUGUUGAGAAGAGGUAGUGUUGUAAAACAAACAGCAUGGGCAGGUAGGUGAUGGACUAUAGCUUGUAGGGAGCCACAUUCAAAAAUUUAUUGUGCUUACAAUGUAUUUUCCCCUACCCCACCCUUUGGCUCAGUAUUAGGCACAGUAUUAGGCACAGCCACGUUUCGUGGCUAAAAUGGUAUAUUAUACAGAGGUCAGAAUAGGGCAAGAGAAACUUUUUCUUUUCAGUAGCUAGUUGGUGCGUAGCAACAGUCAUCUUGAUUUUUUACAAUUGUGUGACUAGUGGGACCCUCAUCUCCUAUCUGUGGGAAGGUUGCUGAGCACUUGAUGCAGCCAAGUUUUGCCAACUGCUGUUCUGCAUUAAUUCAAAGCAGCAAUGUGUGCAAAUGCAGGAACUGUUUGUUUGUUUUCUUUGGUGCUCUGAACAUAUUCAUUAACACCUUUGCUUAUUCCGACGGGUUGCAAGAAGGUAAAAAGACAGCAGGAGCCUGUUGGCCAGAGGUAAGCCUACAACCAGCAUCCUGCUGGACAGGUAUGUGGUGACCCUGCUGAAAUACGGGCAGUAUGUUUCCUGUUACUCUUAAAACCUCAGAAAAGUCCUUCUAUUUAAAAAUGAGGAAGAGCUGUGUACAAAGUCAUUUCCAGCGCCUUGCUAAAGUGCUGACAUCUGAGUUUUGUUUUUUUUUUUUUGUAAAGCCCAAGUGCUUUUUUUCACAUUUGAAAAAGUGUCUUUUGCAACUUGCAUGGACAAGUAGUUUCUAUGAAUUCUCUGGAAAUGUUAGUGUCUAACAUGGAUUUUUUUUGUCCAUGUACUUUUUUCUGAAAGCAGAACCCCCCCAUACACACACAUUCGGGUUGCAGUUGGAAGGGAAGCACUCUGUGCUUUUUGAUUUUGGUGCUGCUGAUGCAGUGGAGAAGUACAGAGCCCACUGUAAAUGAUCGAGCCUGUGAGAGUCUGGGGAGCUGUGUGCUGCCGGUAACAUUUUAUUGUGUGUGCCAUUUGAACCAUCUUCCAAGUGAGUGCAAAACCCAAUUUUUAAAUUUUUUUAAUUGUACUUGGAAUUAACUGUUGCUGUGUACUAAACCCUCUUGUUACGAGCCCUGAAUAAAAAGAACAAAGCACACACUGUGUUCUGUGAGUGUGCCA